AUGCGGAGAAGGCGGGAAGCACAGAGGCGCCUAGAGUACCUACUACGACUAGUGAACGAAAUGAAUACCCGAAAUGAAGCAAUAGAAACUCAGUAUGUUGCAUUAACUGAUGAACUACACAGCACUGGUUUACGUGAAGCAUCUCUAGACACCGGCACGGCUGAACGGUUAGACAAGCGACUUCAAGAUAUUCGGCAGCUUGCCAGAGCAAAAGUCCACGAGCAGGAGGACACCAGUUUUGAAAUAGGAGCUGUCAGCAGAAUGGAGACUGAAGCGACAUGGCAGCUCGUACCCACUACCUUGGAUUUGCAUAUUGAUGUGCUUCCUGUGCGAAAUCAUAACGCGGCCCUCUGGACCCUCACCAACUGCACAAGCAAUAAUUCGAGCACGCGCAGUGGAAAUACAGAUUCAGAUGAAUACAUAGAGGAAGAUCUCGAUGUGCUCUCGCAGGUCUCUGACAAUGCUAACCUUGACAAGCCUGAGGCUACAAAGGCCUUAGAGUGCGGUCGCCAUAUCAUUCCGGGAAAGCAGGUACAUGCUGGCAAACAGGCGGCUUUAAUUGCUGAGUGCCUACCUAUAGCCGUUCAUACUCGGCCAAGAGUAGCACAUCGAGUGGGUAUGUCCGUUUGUUCCGCCCCUGGGCAUAAAGCAGUAGAUGCCUUCGAGAACGCGCUUGCUGGACGGUUAGGCGCUCGUGGCAAACUCGGCAGGACUUUCUUGGCGAGUUGA